AUGAACGACAACCGGCUGAGUUUUACGACCCACGUUGACUACGCCUGCAAAAGAGCGGCAAUUGUGACAGCAGCCCUCUCGCGGGCCAUGUCGAACAAUUCGGCGAUCCUCUGCAGCGUGACCUCAUCCAUUCUGUGGUACGGAGCGGCAGCUUUGAGCAGGCGGUGUUAUCUGCUGAAACUCUGCAGCAUAUCUUCUGCUACGAGUACAGGCAUAUGCUCGAUGUGUGGAAACAUGCCAGAGAAACCUCGAUGUCCAGCUAGCAGCACCAGUGGGAAAGCUCGGAACGCGGCCGGUGGACCCAUUGCUUGA